AAUCAGGGACGCACUUCCUCCAUUUCCUGUUGUGGAGCCGGAGUUGGACGGGGCAAGUCUCUGGUCCAGAAUAUGAAUCAAAUUCCUUGGUUUGCAUGAACGGUUUUCCUUUUUUUUGUUUCCAUAAGAGGUGAUGUUCGCAGCCGAGCAGCAUGCCCUGCGACAGGGAGCCGGCAUGUAUCGCUUGCUGCACCUGAUAUCAUGACGCGUUACUUGCUAUUUCCUUGACAACAGAGGAUCUUAAGUAUUCAGGACCACCAUGCCGAUCACUCUGCUGUGGGCCGUGGAUGUGUACGGCAGGGUGUACAGCCUCUCCACAGCCGGCCAGAGCUGGGUGCGCGCUGACGACAUGCUGCUGGAGCUGAAGCGGGUCACGGCGGGGAAGGACCGCUGCUGGGGCAUCGGCUGUGAUCAUCAUGUUUACCUGAAUAUAAUCCCCAGCGAGACCCCCAUCCGCUACCGGGAGGAGACCUAUGAGAACCAGCGGUGGAACCCUGUGGACGGCUUCACUGAUGUGCUGCUCCCCACUGACCGCUGGCCGUGGAGCGAUGUGACUGGGAUGAAUCCCCAGCCGCUCCACAGCUUCCAGCUCCCCUCCCGCAGCUGGGAGUGGGAGGGAGACUGGUACGUGGAUCAGAGCUGUGGGGGGGAACCCAGCCAGACCGGGGGCUGGGAGUACGCUGUUGAUUUCCCAGCAAACUUCUCUCCAGAGAAAAAGUGGAACUCUUGCGUCCGCCGGAGGCGAUGGAUCCGUUAUAGAAGAUAUACAGCACAAGGAACCUGGGCGAAAAUCCCCCUGGAAAAUCCCAGGAAGCCCCCACUGCCACUCUGUGACAUCAGCUGUGGAGGAUGGGAGAUGAGCGACCAGUCUGGGAGGUAUCCUUAUCUCUGGGGGGUGACGCAACAAGGACAGGUGUGGUUCAGAGAGGGCAUCCACCCUCGUGUCCCAGAGGGAACCAGCUGGGAAGAAAUUGAAGUGCCCAAAGAGGUUGCUCAGUUAUCAGCAGGCCCGGGGGACCUUCUGUGGGCUUUACUGUGGGACGGGAACCUGCUGGUCCGCACCGGCCUGAGCCUGGACAGCCCAACUGGGACUUCCUGGGUAGAUGUGGAACCGCCGGGGAAAGAGAUCGAAGCGCUCCACGUGUCUGUUGGAGUCAGCGUGGUUUGGGUGGUGACUAAAGACUACAAGGUGUGGUUCAGGCGCGGGGUGAACUCCCACAACCCCUGUGGCUCCGGCUGGAUCAGCAUCGGCGGGGAGAUGAUGAUGGUGGACGUCGGGCUAAACGAUCAGGUGUGGGCGGUGGGGGAGGACCGUGGCUUGUAUUUUAGGAUGGGUGUGACUCUGUCAGAGCCAAGUGGAAAUGGCUGGAUUCCCGUGUCUGCACAGUGGGGCAGCAGUAAGGAGGUUAUUCCACCCAGGGAGGAUUGUGAGCUGAGCGGCCCGCUGACCGAGGCCUCUCAAGGCUCAGUGCUCAGCUGCACCGACUCAGACUCAGAGUUUGGACCUACAGACCCUCACAGCCCUGUAGACACCCCAGUCACGGAGGCAGAAGCCUCCUCUGUAGUCUCAUCCCAAGAAGGGAAAGUCUCAGUCUCAGCCUCCCAACAAGAUGCCCCGAAAGCUUUCAUCCCUGCCAGUGACAGCUUCAUCAACAGCCUGGUCUCUGACCGGGACAGGCCUGUGGUGCAGCCAGCCACUGUCACAGAGGCCCUCCAAGAAGAGGGUGAGGAGCUUCUGCCCCCAGCCCCGGUCCUCCCAACGCCUCAAGCUGCAGAUGUCCCGUGGAUGAAUGUAGACCUGGAGGGGGCGGAGGCGGCUCGGAACGCACAGGUGUCGGGACGCUUGUUGAGCGACACUCCUGCAGCCAUCACCUACGAUUUGGGGACUCUGGAGGGCUCGCAACGGGUCGGGGAGGAGGACGGGCCAGUGUGGGCCUGGAUCUCCGGCGGAGGCUGCGACGUGGACGUGGGCUCGCAGAUCAGCUGGCUAAGUCCUUCUGGACCUCUCCCCAGCUCCUUGUCCCUGACUCCGGUCCAGUCGGCAGCCUGGAGCGAGCAGCCUCAGCAAACGGAACCCCGACAGGAGAUCAGCAAGAAACCCCUGGAGAGAAGCAACUCGGUGUGGGUUCGGAAAGGCUCCCUGCGAUGGUGGAGAGACUGGAAGCCGCAGCGCUGGCUGGACGUGGGCGUCGCCCUGGAGCAAUCCACCAGACCUGACGGCAGGAAAGACAGCAUUUUCUUUGUUUAUUACACACAGUAUGAUGAGAAAAAGUAUCUCCACGUGUUCAUACAUGAAGUGACGGCGCUGGUGCCGCUGCUACGAGACGACCACUUCGCCUUUGCCCUGUACACAGCAGAGAGGACCAAACAGAGGUGGCCUCUGGUCUUGGCGGCCCAAACGGAGCAGGACAUGAACAACUGGUUGGAGCUGCUGUCCGGCUCCUGCUGCAAGGGUCGAGGCAUCGCAGGACCCCCAUCCAGACAGGCUGUGUGGUCCACCACCACAAAGGGAGACCUCAUGGUCCACGAGCCGUGCUUCUCCCUGGAAGCCUCCGCCAACGCCAUGCCCUGUGACCUCAUGUUUUGGCGGCAGGUCCCGGGUCACCUGCGCUGUGUAGAGUCUAACAGUCUGGGGCUGGUGUGGGGUGUCGGGUGGGACGGCACCGCCUGGGUCUACACCGGACACUGUGGGCCCAAUGCGGUCGCCCAGACCCAUGAGCAAUCCGAUGUCAGGAGCGUGCACGUGUAUGAGAAUCAGAGGUGGAACCCCGUGACCGGAUACACCGACAAAGGACUUCCCACCGACCGGCCCAUGUGGAGCGAUGAAGGCGGGCUGAAGGAGUGCACCAAAGCCAACACCACCCCUCCUUCCCCGCAGUGGUCAUGGGUGUCAGAAUGGACCGUGGACGACAGAGUCCCUGGCGGGACGGACAAAGAGGGGUGGCAGUACGCGGCAGACUUCCCCACGACGUUUCACGGCCACAAAACUAUGAAGGACUUUGUCAGGCGCAGACGAUGGACCAGGAAGUGUAAGAUCACCGUGAGAGGCCCGUGGAAGCAGGUCCCGCCCAUCCGCCUGAGUGACAUCUCCAUCAUGCCCUGUCUGGCCCAGAGCCGGAUGGAGCAGGUCCCUGUGUGGGCCAUCAGCGACAAGGGAGAUGUGCUGUGUCGGCUGGGGGUGACCCCCCAGAAUCCCGCGGGCGGCUCCUGGCUCCACGUGGGCACAGACCAACCCUUCAAAUCCAUCUCCAUUGGUGGAGCCAACCAGGUGUGGGCCAUCGCCAGGGAUGGAGCCGUGUUUUACAGGGGAUCCGUGUCGCCGCAAAACCCUGCAGGAGAAUGCUGGUACCACAUCCCCUCCCCUCUGAGACAGACCCUCAGACAGCUGUCGGUUGGACGGACGUCCGUCUUCGCUGUGGAUGAAAACAGUAACCUGUGGUACAGACAGGGCCUCACCCCCAGCUACCCCCAGGGGUCUGCCUGGGAGCUCAUCUCGAACAACGUCACCAAAGUCUCGGUGGGCCCGCUGGACCAGGUUUGGGUCAUUGCUGAUGGAAUUCCAGGCUUCCCCGCGGAGACUCCAGGAGCAGUCUGCCAUAGGGUGGGUGUGGGGCCCAUGCAGCCCAAGGGCCAGUCCUGGGACUACGGCAUAGGGGGAGGCUGGGAGCACAUCAGCGUGAGGGGGAACUCGGUGGAGGCGCCUCGGAGUCCCCACCCUCCUCCGCUGGGGCCAGCCCGCAGCCCAGCCCCGCAGAGAACGGUGAACGGGAGUGCCGUGUGUGUGUAGUCAACGUUGCCGCCGUCUUCCUCUGGCCCCGUUUGUGCCUGGAUCUGCGUUCGCCUCCUGGAAUCAUUCCCUAAUUCCCCUUCGUGUGGAGGGACCGCACAACCGGACAGUUCUGGACGAGUGGAUGAGUGUUGGAGCCUGGCUGGGUUUCCUGGAUUCAGCAAAAGGGGGUGCAUGUGUGUGUCUGUACGACUGCUAGGAAUCAUGGGACGGAGCAAUAGCUUUUAUUUAUUCACCCAACGUGAGGAGGCAUUUCAGUGAAGGGCUAAUUUACAGUCAUGGCUGCUGCAGCCUGAAAUCUGUCGUUUGUUUGCAUGUGGUUUCAAUUCAGAGGAUUUGUUGGUUGAAGUGUUUCUCAGUUUGUGUUUGCUUUAGUGUGUUCUUUAUUUUUGUCCCCUCUCUCCCAGUCCACUACAACAUGCCUUCUGAGGGCUUUUUUUUCAAGAUCUAACUCUUUUUCCUGUGUGGGAACACUUCGCUGCCCUGCAAUAAAACCUUCUUCCUGCUGGAAGAAGAAUCUGGUCACUGGAACCAUUGAGAGCCACGGCGGCUGUGAACGCAACCCAGCCGCACAAUCAUGGAGAUGCUAAAUUAAAGUCUGAAUGUGCUCGA